AGCUGCAUGCUAGCUAAAGGCGCAAACAUCUAAUAACGCUUACUAGAACUACCGUCGAUAUAACGGUAGGACGAACAAAAGAGUAAAAUGAGCACUAGCAUUGCAGCUUGAUAUUGAGUGUGGCCGCACCGUUAGAAACUUGAAGCUGAUGUGUUCGUUGAUCUUGGUCAUACCGAAGACAUUAAUAUUCGAAAAUUUAGCUGCAUUAAAUCCGAACAGAACUUUUGCUGCACGUUGCCGCAAACAUGACAAUGCAGACAAUUAAUCGGAUUCUAUUCGGAGCAAGCUGUUAAUCAAAAUUAAUAUUAUGAUUUGGUUACGAUAUUCAGUAGCAUCAUAUGCAGUCUAGCGGUACCAUGACAAAUGCAUUGUGUCCACUGCCGCAUUUGGUUGUCAUUCUCAUUCUCCAUUUCAUAAUAAUUACCGUUGUAGCGGAAGGUAAACUAGCUAAUGCGAAUCAUGAGCUCAAGGUUGCUAGAGAAGUUUCCUGUGUUCCGGAUCUACUGCCCAGUUCCGGCAUCCAGGGAGAAUGUCUGCCGUUCCAUAAUAUAGACGCUUGUGGAAUCCGAACGCUAUCGGAUUCGCAAGACUGUUCCGGGUUAGGCGUCGGUGAAGAAUGGCUUUGCUGUUACGAUAUGAGCAGUCUUACUCGGAACAAGCAGAGCGGAAUUGAAAAUAUCACAUCUCCGUAUCACGGCGCCGCACUGGGACCGACGUUCCAUCAGCAGUGCGGCAUUCCCAAUGGUGACCCGGACAUGUUCAGCGAUUUCGAAAGAGCUUCCACAAAAUUGUGGGAGGAGUGCCAGCACCCAACGGAAGCGGGUCAAUAUGCUGGCAGGCUUCAGUGACAAUCCAGGAUAAACGGACCAAUGUGACCGCUGUCUGUGGAGGGUCCAUUGUGGGCAUGUGGACCAUCAUCACCGCCGCGCACUGUCUCGUUCGAACCACCGUGUCACAGUUUAACCAGUCCAAUUAUAACAUCAUCGUGGCCAUCGGGGUCAUCUCCCGCAACAUCGGCAACAGCAGUCUGCCGCGCUAUCCUGACUUCGUUAGCGGCUGCGCACAGGCGCUGACUGUCCAGUGGGCUAUUCCGCACCCAAACUUUACACUGGGUGCAGUCGUUAACGACAUUGCAGUGCUGGUGUUGGCGCAACCCAUUGACUUCCGCAGCCAUGCCGCGUGUGCGUGCCGGUUGUGCUUGAAUGACGGCACCAGUCCACAACCUGGGGAUACUUGUGUCACUUCGGGAUUCGGUCGUACAGCUGAACCAAUUCCAGGCACAGUAUCAGCAGCACCCGCUGUCAUUUCUCUCAGUUACGUCGCUCAGACAGUUAUGGAUCCAGCCAAUGGACGUUGCGUGUCGGCACGCGAUCCAACAACCGGGGCGGUAACCAACACAAGCACCACGAUAUGCGCUGGAGGUGUAGUCGGACAGGACGCUUGCGACGGAGACAGUGGCGGUCCCUUGUUCUGUUUAGACCAGUCCACGAACACCCAAUACCUUGCCGGUAUCGUAUCGGGGGGCGUUGGGUGCGCACUGGGUGUAGGGUCACUGUACACUAAAGUCCAAGCGUAUCUGCCGUGGAUUUUUGAUACCGCACCACUUGGUGAUUUGGCUGUUAUGGCUUAACUCUAUGUAAAUCUACCGCACUGUAUAUAGCUAUUGGGAAGCAGUGUACUCGUACUGUUUGUACGUUGACCAGUCA